UAAUGUUACGAAUCUGCUAAAACGUUACAUGAUACAAAGGCUACUGAAACUUUGAUAGGCCUAUCUUACGAAUUUACACACGUGUCAAAGUUUGGGUUUAACUAAAAAAAGUUUGAAUUUGCAUUUUGCAUUUGAACUUAUGACCUAAGGUAACACGAAAUCUGCUGUCAAAUAUUUACUUAAAUAUUUUGAGUAUGCCCCCUGACUUCCCCUGUCAUCAGGCUGGAUUUUUUUAGUGUUUAAAAAAAAAUUCUCAGUAGGAGCUCGUUUUUACCGAGUUUCCAGUGUUCACGAAAGCACUAAAGAUCGAUUUGUUUUGAACGUGGUGGAGUGUACGCUGUAACUUUCAGUCAAUAAUCUAUACAGGGCAGUUUUUGAACUGGAAAGUUGGUGUCAUGAGAGUCUUAAUAGGAGGAGGAUCGGGUUUUGUGGGCAGAGAGCUGACCCAUUUACUUAGACGCAAAGGUCACGAUGUCACAAUAAUAUCUCGACAGCCAGGUCCGGGAAAGAUCACAUGGAGUGAGCUGGAGUCUGAUGGCCUCCCACCAUGUGAAGCCACUGUCAACCUGGCUGGAGAGAACCUCAUGAACCCACUGCGGUGGUGGAAUGAGAACUAUAAGAAGGAUCUGUUUUCAAGUCGGAUUGACACAACCACAAGUCUGGCUCAAGCUAUUGCUGCUUCCCCCAGCCCCCCUCAGGCUUGGGUCCUUGUCACUGGUGUAGCAUGUUACAGGCCAAGUCUGACAGCCAGGUACUCAGAAGAGAGUGAGUGGACGCCGUUUGACCUCCUGUCAAGGUUGGUCAAGGAAUGGGAGGAGGCGGGCAGUCUUCCGGUAACAGUUGCACAGAAAACCAGGCAAGUCAUAAUCAGACCAGGUGCAGUACUGGGUCGCGAUGGCGGUGCCAUGAAACAGAUGAUGACUCCGUUCUGGCUAGGCCUUGGGGGCACCUUGGGGUCUGGUAGACAACCAUUCCCCUGGAUCCAUGUCUCUGACCUGGCCGGCAUCAUCACUCAUGCCAUUGAGAACUCUUCCAGCACCCUCCCUUCCGCUGUCCCUCAAGUGUUUAACGGCGUUGCCCCGGCAACGAACACCAACUACGAGUUCACCAAAGAGCUGGGCCGGGUCCUGAGACGACCCACAGUCUUCCCUGUGCCAGGAUUUGUCAUAGAUGCUCUAAUGGGUUCAGAGAGAGCAGUAGUGCUCACUCAGGGUCAGAUGGUAGAACCCAAGAGGACCCUGGAGUCAGGCUUUCAGUACAAGUACCCGGACCUAAGCUCUGCUCUGAAGGAGAUUGUUGAUAGAUAACAACCCAAGGAAACAAUGGAAAUUAUGAGGAAAGGAGUUUUGUUUCUCCUGAAUAACCAUGAAAUGGACUCUGUUGUCUACAUUAAAUGGUCUCCAGUGUCAACUGCAAGAAAGGAAUAUAUAUGUGUGUGUGUGUGUGUGUGUCUGUACGUGUGUAUAUAUAUAUAUAUAUAUAUAUAUAUAUAUAUAUAUAGCCUACAUUUAAGGUUACGUGCAAUGUAUUUCUAACGGUGAGUUAAAGGUGGGGGGUCAAUCAAAAGAAGCAUGCGAUCGUGUCACUUGUUUGCUGAAUAAACUGGAUGUAACAAAA